CUUUUUGCCGCAAAUAUGGGCAGUGGCCGCUUAAUGAGCCUGGCUAGGAAAGGAGCUAUGUCGGGGAUUGCUGUUGGGGCCUUUGAGUGGAAUGCUCCACUUUUUCUCUGUGUUCUUGGUUGGAUAUUUUCUCCUAUUUACAUUAAAGCUGGGGUGGUAACAAUGCCAGAAUAUCUGAGGAAGAGGUUUGGUGGCUACCGGAUCCAGUUCCUGCUUGCUAUUCUGUCCUUAUUCCUCUAUAUCUUUGGUGAUAUCUUGGUGGAGAUAUGCACUGGUGCCAUGUUCAUGAAGCUGAUUUGGGGGUUUGAUGUUUACCUGGUCACCACAGUCUUGCUGACAAUUACUAGCAUUUAUACCAUCACAGGUGGUUUUGCAGCUGUAGUUUACACUGAUACCUUACACGCUGUCAUUAUAGUCCUGGGAUCAGUCUUGUUAAUGGGCUUUGCUUUUAAGGAAGUAGGAGGAUACCAGGAGCUACUGCAUAAGUACUUAGAUGCGAAGCCAAGGAUCACCCAGGAAGGAAACUGGACUGCCAAUCCGGAAUGCUACAUCCCUCGCCUGGAUUCUUUCCAUAUCUUCCGAGAUCCCAUCACUGGAGAUCUCCCCUGGCCUGGAAUCGUCUUUGGUGUCUCCAUCCUCUCCUUGUCCUACUGGUGCACCAAUCAGAUUUUUGUCCAGCGGUGCCUAGCAGGAAAGAACAUGUCUCAUGUGAAAGGUGGCUGCCUCUUUUGUGGGUACCUGAAGUUGCUGCCCAUGUUCAGCAUAGUGAUGCCGGGAAUGAUCAGCCGCAUCUUGUACCCAGAUCAAGUGGCAUGUGUUGUACCUUCAGAAUGUAAGAAGCACUGUGGCACCAGAACUGACUGUAGCCCCAUCGCCUACCCAGUGCUGGUGGUAGAGCUGCUGCCCGAUGGUGUACGCGGCUUGAUGCUGUCCGCAAUAUCGGCCUCUCUCAUGUCCUCCUUGACCUCUAUUUUCAACUCUGCCAACACCCUGUUCACCAUGGACAUCUAUACCCGAAUACGGCCCAUGGCCACUGAAAAGGAGCUCAUGGUGACAGGCAGAUUUUUUGUUAUAAUCUUACUUGUUGUCACCAUUGCCUGGGUCCCUGUUACGGAAACAGCACACAGUGAAGAACUCUUUGAGUACAUGCAAGCAGUUAUGAGUUACCUGACACCACCCAUUGCUGCCAUCUUCCUGCUCGCCGUCUUUUCCAAGAGAGUCACUGAGCAGGGUGCCUUCUGGGGGCUGACUGGGGGACUUCUGCUUGGCUUCUUUCGAAUGAUAUUGGAGUUUAUCUACGGAACCUGGAGCUGCCCAGCAAACAACAAGUGCCCUCUGAUCAUCUGCAGCCUGCACUACCUCUAUUUUGCCAUAAGCCUGUUCGCAGUCAGCCUUCUCGCCAUGCUGGCGAUCUCCUCAUUCACAGACCCGACUCCAGAUAAACGCCUCCACCGGCUUUGUUGGAGUUUACGAAACAGCCAAGAGAAAAGGGUCGAUCUGGAUGCAGAGACACAAAGGAAGAGACCCGCACCCCAAGCACAGCCAGAGGUAUUCAAGGAGGCGCAGAGCUGCCUCUGGAAGGCCUGGGAUGUGUUCUGUGGCCUGGAGCCGCAGCCUGGCCCCAAACUGGCCCCCAAAGAGGCAGCCGUGCAGAAGAUGGAACGUGGCACCACAUCUGGAGGCACAAAACACAGUGUCACAUCUGAAGGGACAGAACACAGUGCCACAUCUGAAGGGACAGAACACAGUGCCACAUCUGAAGGGACAGAACACAGUGCCAAGUGGGAAGGGACAAAGUGUUGUGACACGUCACAGACGCCCUUCUGGAGAAAAGUUGCCAAUAUCAGCGCAUUCUUCUUGAUAGUGAUCGUAAUCCUCUGCCACAUUUACUACUCCUAA